GCGGGGAGGCGCGGGUCUCCGCGGCGGGCUGGGGGUAGGCGCGCCGGGGCGUCAGUAGGGCCGCGGCGACGGCGGCAGGAGCUUGUCUCGGCGCUGCCUUGGGCUUCGCUCGGCUCGGAGGCUGCACCGGGAGGAGAGCAAGGCGAGGCGCGCCGCCAGGCCCGGGGGCCGGGCGCAUGGCUUAGGGGCGCCCCGGCCGCCGCGCCCCCAGCAUGGGGAAACUUCACUCCAAGCCGGCCGCCGUGUGCAAGCGCAGGGAGAGCCCGGAAGGUGACAGCUUCGCGGUGAGCGCCGCCUGGGCUCGGAAAGGCAUCGAGGAGUGGAUUGGGAGGCAGCGCUGCCCCGGCGUCGGCCCGGGACCCAGACCGCUGCGAGCGGCGGGCACCGUCGGCAGAGGCACCCGGGAGCUCAUGGGCGAAGUUUUCAGAGAAACACUCAGCGAGGAGGAGGAGGAGGACUGUCGGCUGGAAGUGGCCCUGCCGCCCGAGAAGACCGACGGGCCAGGCAGUGCAGAUGAGAAGAGGACAGAGAAAGCGGGUGAGCCCUGCCCGGGCUCCAAGAAGCAGCUCAAGUUUGAAGAGCUGCAGUGUGACGUGUCUGUGGAGGAGGACAGCCGACAAGAGUGGACCUUCACCCUUUAUGACUUUGACAACAAUGGCAAGGUCACCCGCGAGGACAUCACCAGCUUGCUGCACACCAUCUACGAGGUGGUGGAUUCCUCCGUCAACCACUCCCCAACAUCGAGCAAGACGCUGCGGGUGAAGCUCACGGUAGCCCCUGAUGGGAGCCAGAGCAAGAAGGGCAUCCUUAUCAAUCCUGCUGACCUGCAGAGCACGCGGCCCAGAGUGGAGACCAAGCCCACCGAGGAGCUGCGAAGCUGGGAGAAGAAGCAGCGAGCCCCACUCAGGUUCCAGGGCGACAGCCGCCUGGAGCAGCCUGGCUGCUACCACCACUGCGUUGAUGAGAACAUCGAGAGGAGAAACCACUACUUAGAUCUCGCUGGGAUAGAAAACUACACGUCCCAGUUUGGGCCGGGCACCCCUUCAGUGGCCCAGAAGUCAGAACUGCCCCCCCGCACCUCCAACCCCACUCGGUCUCGCUCCCACGAGCCGGAAGCCAUCCAAGGCCCACUCCGCAAACCCCAAGGCGCGGACCCAGGCUCCUUCCAUUUCCUUGACACCCCAUUCGCCAAGGUCUCGGAGGUCCAGCAGCGGCUCCGGGGUACCCAAGACGGGAGCAAGCACUUUGUGAGGUCACCCAAGGCCCAGGGCAAGAGCGUGGGUGUGGGCCACGCAGCCAGAGGGGCAAGAAGCAAACCCCCGCUGGGGCCCGCCGGCUCCUCGGUGUCUCCCUUCGCCCACCUGGCCGCCAGCCCGGCCCUCCUCCCCACCGUGGCACCCCUCGGGCACAAGAAGCACAAGCACCGAGCCAAGGAGAGCCAGCAGGGGUGCCGGGGCCUGCCGCCCCCGCUGGCGGCGGGCGGCACGGUGGCGGGGCGGGAGCAUGUGCGGGAGCUGCCCGCCGUGGUGGUGUACGAGAGCCAGGCCGGGCAGGCGGUCCAGAGACACGAGCACCACCACCACCACGAACACCAUCACCAUUACCACCACUUUUACCAGACCUAGGCCCUUCCCCCCGGCCGCUGUAUGAAGGAACACCGCUCCCCGACGCCCCGAGGCAUUAUUAUUCUAUUAAUUAUUGUUAUUAUGAUGAUUAUUGUUAUUAAUAAUUAUUGUUACUCCACUAAUAUUCUGCUAGCCUCCAUGUAGAAGAUAUAUGGAAACACAACUAAACUUUUAUUUAUAUGUUGUGGGGACUGCAUUACUGACUCUGGGCUCGGAGGCGGCCUGUCGAUGGCAGGGGCUCCCCCAGUUUCCCCCGUGGAUCUCCCCACACCCUUCCCAACCCCCUGUGCCAGAACUCGGCCAGAACUCUGCCCCCACCCCAGUCUCUCCCAGGAGAACACCCUUACCUGACCUGGCUUCCAGAGACCCUUGGAAUCUCCCAGAAGAUAAACAGCUGCUACCUCUUA